GCUCCUAGUCAAUAAAUAUCUAAAUCUGACUCUGCCCCCUGACAUUACGUAGCUCCUCUCUACUAGGAGUUAAUUGCUACUAUCAUGCCUGCCUCGCUGCCCGUGCUGCCCGAAAGCAUGGAAACCCUCCUGCAUAAUGCCCCCAAUAAAUUAAGACAGUACAUCACCAAGAUGUACCAGUUCUCUACUGCUGCUGUGGAAGAACUCCAUGAAUUAUCUACCCUAUGCUCUACUAUUACUAACCUUCUCAACUGUAUUCAACAGAAAGAUGGUGUGAUUAAGUACCAGAAGAUACAAGCCAAAGAAACCCAACAGGAGCUAUUUAAAGCACUCACUUAGAAUAGCAUGCCUUCUCAAUCACCAUCUCCUUCCAAAAGAGAUGCCAAUGUUACUGCCCCCCCUACUACUGCUACUGCUCUUACCACAUCUAUUCCUACUACUCAAACCUCUAAACGACUUCCCGACCCCAA